CUCAUUUAAACUCCUCCUGUCUGUCUGUCUGUCUGUCCUCUUCCUCUACUCGCUCAUUGUUACUGUGAUGGAUCUCAGGACGGUUGUGACCUUCUCAACUCUUUUACUAAUCAUAUAUGGGCAGACAAGCCUCGGGACAAACAGCACAACGCCUCCCAGUUUAACUCAGACCACCAACAGCACCAGCACCACCUGUUCCUGCCCCAGUGCUACUCAGAUAGCCUCUGAUGGCCCCGCUCGCGACCACAGCAGCUCUGCACCUGUGCUGGGUCUCCUCACAAUCAGAUGGAGGCGUAAAUGUGAAGGAGAAGUUACCCUGACCCUCCAGCAAUCCUCCUCGGCCGUGUGUUACAACAGUGCUAUGAACAUGAGCCUUUUGGGAAACGUGUGUGAAAACCAGGAUGGCUGUAAAGGCACACCGCACUGGAACAAAGGCCUUCCCACGUCCACUGGCUAUGACAUCCCAGAGCCUGGAGCAGGGAGGAAGACCGACUGUGAAUCACUGAGAGUCCGAUGCACAGAGGAGGUCCUCCCAGACCUACAGGGUCAGCUGCAGGCCUACAAAGUGGUGACAGCUUUACUCUGCUGCCUGCUCCUGGUCCUGUUAUUGAUCCGCUUCACCAGACCCACCGUCAAAGCCCUGCAGAAGAGACUAUCAGAAAGGAGGCAGAAUCGCUGGAUCGGACCAACACAGAGUCACAGUGUGUCUUAUCAUCGAGGAAAAACUGCAGUUAAAAACAAUGACGGAGAGAAGAGACUGUCCUACCCUGCUCUGGAGCGACUGGCAGUCAGCGACAGCAGAGAGCCGUCAUCCAACAGGAACAGUGACUACAACUUGUGACACGUAUUCUCUUCUUGCAUCAUCAUCAUCAUCAUCAUCAUCAUCAUCAUCAUCAUCAUCAUCAUCAUCAUCAUCACUCAUAUGUGUGACAAACAUACUUUUUCAUAUUUUACUAUUUCUGGAUUUGUUUGUAAUAUAAAUUACUUAGUAUUCAAGAUCAUGUAACGUUGAUGACUGACCUCUUGAUACACCUUCAUUGGCUGCCCCAGAUACUCAAACUUCUAACAAACAGUCAGUAUUUACAACCAUCCAUGCAUAGUGUUGUAUCUUAACUCAAUUUAGCAGCCUUUCUUUUUAAAUGACACCUGAACAACUUCUAUCAACCCUACAGAGUUAUAUUUAGAUGUGGUAAUUGAAUGGAAAAUUACUAUGUUUAGGAAAGUAAUUAGCCAUCAUUGUAAGUUGUUCUCAAACAAUCGGAGUUUAGCAGUUAGGACUGGAGCUACUUCUUAUAUGAAAACCUCUGGCUCAGUGACAGCAGAGAGCCUUCAUCCAAUGAAAGGCUGCACCUCAAAACCAUCCCGGUGAAUAACAAGCUACAACAUCAGACAGCUUUGGGAUUGUUAGAAAUGUAUUUUUACUUUUAGCUAGGCUUGCAGUUUCCUCAUUCUUCCAGUCUCCGAGCUAAGCUAAACUACAAACAAUCUGGACUAAGUUUCCAAUUACAUUCAAACAAGUCUCUGAGCAUUUUGAUUCAAGAAAACCUGAUUCACUGACAUUGUAACAUAAGUUUAGUUUAUUUUGUUGAUUGUUUGUGAUUUUUGAUUUGUAUUGUGAACUUUUUCUUUUCACUAAAAUGAUCUAUUUUGU